UGUUGUGGUUAUUCUAUUUGUUUUACAGGGAACAUGUUUUAAAGUGUUUUGGUUUUGUGCCAGGAGGUGUAUCUGCUGCCCAGCCUCUCAAUUCUUCGGAAGAGUUUCAAAGCAAAUGUGUUCAUGAACUGAUGUAUAUUAGGACCUGGGCUCCUGUUGAAAAGUGAUGGAAUAAUCUCUGGCCGGCACCUGACAUGUUGAGGGAGCACCCCCUAAAAGAGAUUGCCUGGGAGACAGUUUGUGAAAUAACGCAGUAACAUGUUUGCAGUAAUUAGCGUCUUCCUGUCGUGUUGCCUGGAGCUGCCUAACUUAGUCUUUGGAUGUUAGAAUAUUGGCUAUUGAUAAAGACCAGCAUGUUUUGGAAAUUUGAUCUCCAUUCGUCAUCCCACAUAGACACACUUCUAGAGAGAGAAGAUGUAACACUGAAGGAAUUGAUGGAUGAAGAGGAUGUUCUGCAAGAGUGCAAGGCUCAGAAUCGCAAACUUAUAGAGUUUCUGCUGAAGUCAGAAUGUUUGGAAGACUUAGUUUCAUUUAUUAUCGAAGAGCCACCUCAAGAUAUGGAUGAAAAGAUUCGAUAUAAAUAUCCAAACAUAUCGUGUGAGCUGCUUACAUCAGAUGUAUCACAGAUCAAUGACAGGCUGGGAGAAGAAGAAUCCUUACUUAUGAAACUGUACAGCUUCCUCUUAAAUGAAUCUCCUCUAAACCCUUUACUGGCCAGUUUCUUCAGCAAGGUGCUAAGUAUUCUUAUAAGCAGAAAACCAGAACAGAUUGUGGAUUUUUUAAAGAGGAAACAUGAUUUUGUAGACCUCAUUAUUAAGCACAUAGGGACCUCUGCUAUCAUGGACUUGUUGCUCAGGCUACUGACUUGCAUAGAACCUCCACAGCCCCGGCAAGAAGUGUUAAAUUGGCUAAAUGAGGAGAGAAUUAUCCAGCGGCUUGUGGAAAUUGUACAUCCAUCUCAAGAUGAAGAUAGGCAUUCAAACGCGUCACAGUCACUCUGUGAAAUUAUUCGUCUAAGCAGAGACCAGAUGUUACAAGUACAGAACAGUUCAGAACCAGACCCACUGCUUGCAAGUCUAGAGAAACAAGAAAUCAUAGAGCAGCUGCUGUCUAAUAUCUUUCAUAAAGAAAAAAAUGAAUCUGCGAUAGUCAGUGCAAUCCAAAUACUCUUGACCUUGCUUGAGACAAGACGACAGACAUUUGAGGGCCAUAUAGAGAUCUGUCCUCCAGGCAUGAGCAAUUCAACAUAUUCUGUCAACAAAAGUGUUUUAGAAGCCAUAAAAGCACGCCUUUCAUCCUUCCAUGAACUCCUACUUGAGCCUCCAAAAAAAAGUGUCAUGAAGACAACCUGGGGUGUAUUGGAUCCACCUGUGGGAAACACACGCUUAAAUGUGAUUAGAUUAAUAUCUAGCCUUUUACAGAUGAAUACAAGCAGCGUGAAUCAGGAGCUUAUAGAGCUUAACAGCAUAGGAGUAAUAUUGGACAUGUUCUUUAAAUAUACAUGGAAUAACUUUUUGCAUACUCAAGUAGAAAUUUGUAUUGCAUUGAUUCUUGCAAGUCCUCUUGAAAGCACAGAAAAUGGCACAAUUACAGAUCAGGAUUCCACUGCGGACAAUCUCUUAUUGAAACAUCUCUUCCUUAAGUGCCAGUUAAUAGAACGAAUACUUGAAGCAUGGGAGAUGAAUGAGAAGAAACAGGCUGAAGGAGGAAGGCGGCAUGGCUAUAUGGGUCAUCUUACAAGGAUAGCAAACUGUAUUGUGCAUAGUACAGAUAAGGGGCCAAACAGUACACUAGUCCAACAGCUCAUUAAAGAGCUUCCAGAGGAGGUCAGAGAGCGAUGGGAGACAUUCUGCACAAGCUCUUUAGGAGAAACUAACAAGAGGAAUACAGUGGACCUGGUUACUACCUGCCACAUUCAUUCUUCCAGUGAUGAUGAAAUUGACUUUAAAGAAACAGGUUUCUCACAGGAUUCUUCCUUGCAGCAGGCCUUUUCUGAUUAUCAGAUGCAACAAAUGACGUCCAAUUUUAUUGACCAGUUUGGCUUCAACGAUGAGAAGUUCGCUGACCAAGAUGACAUCGGCAAUGUUUCUUUUGAUCGGGUCUCAGACAUCAACUUUACCCUCAAUACAAAUGAAAGUGUAAGUAUGUGUUCCUAUACUGUCAGAAAAAAAUUACUGCUUUUUAAACUUUGGUGUGAUCUCAGAGUUUUGCUGGUGGUUAUAUUUACUCCUUUGAUGUGUAAUCUUUGGAAAUAACUACCCUACCUUGAU